AUGAAUGAAUUAGAAUUCAUUGGCAAAGGAUUAUAUGGUUACGUGUGCAAAGUGAGAGAUAAAAGCACCAAUGACAUAUAUGCCAUUAAAAUGAUUGAUCUGACAGGUUUAGAUUAUGAUGAAACGCAACAAUUACUUAAUGAGCUUGGCAAGUUUAAACAAAUUACCUCAGGUUAUAUUGUAGGAGUGUAUGACUUAUGGUUGGAGUCCAAAAUCAUUUACAUACGAUUGGAGUAUUUUCCGCAAAAUCUUAGAGGUUAUAUUAAUCAAAAACGACAGGUAUGCGGUCGAUUACCGGGUCAUGUCAUGGAUGUGUCCGAGUAUUACAUUUCGUGUCUUAUAUUCAAAGACAUCUUAGAAUGCGUUCAAUAUUUUCAUGAAUUGAAUCCACAGAUCAUUCACAAGAAUCUAAAACCUGAGAAUUUUUUAGUCAACAAAUCAUAUAUUAAAAUUAGCGAUAUUUACAUAAAUAAUGAUGAUAACUCAAAGAUAUAUAUGUCACCUGAAUUACUAUCUGAAUGUAGCAAUUUAACAUUUCAAACGGAUAUCUAUAGCUUAGGCGUAAUUGCCCAGGAGAUAUUUGAUUGCAAAUUUGAGACAUCACCAACAUUACAAUUUGAUAAGUCUAUUUCAAUUAAUAUUCGUGAACUAAGUGAAAUUAUACUGCUCAUGUUAAGUCCUAUUUAUGAUGUGAGACCGUCAUGUAGAGAUAUAUUGGACAAACAAAAUGUCUGGGAA